UCUUCGGAACUUCCGGAACUUCCCUCAAACCUUCGCCAACAUGUACUCCAAAGUUGUGAUUGCCCUUGCCCUGUGCACCGUCCUGAGCACCGUUUCGGCUGGUGUGGUGCCGGUAGCAGCGCCAUUGGCGGCCGCCGGAGUCGUAGCACCGUACGCCACCUCCUACAAUGCCCACACCGUGAACCACAACAUUGCGGCACCGUACGUUGCCGCCACCCCGGUCGCUGCCCCCGUUGCUGCCGUCGCCAAGUACGUUGCUGCUCCAGUUGCUGCUGCUGCUCCGGUUGCUAAGUACGUUGCCGCGCCGGUGGCAGCCGCCGCAUACACGGCCUACAGUGCCGCUCCGGUUCUGCCAGCGGCCGCUGCUGCCUACACGGCUGCCUACGGUGGUGCGGCAGUGUUGCCAGCUGCUGCGGCCUACACGGCCUACGGGGCAGCCACCUAUCCCUAUCUGUUCUAA